UUGUGUUGUGCUGUGUUGUUGGUGCGUUCGUUUUGCAGAAGGAGGAGCAGCGGCAGCAAUGAGCAGCUGCAUCAACGACUGCAAGCGCGUGCAUCAAAUUGAAGUGGAGCCACUGCAGGAAUCGGAUAAAGUGGAGCACAGUCUGCUGCUGAUCAAGGGACGCCUGCUGCCAAACUGUGCGAGUGCCAAACAACUGAAGGCGACACUUAAUCUUAAUCAGCGCAAGAAACAACACGAGCAACUUACACAAUUAUCCACGGCCGGAGAGUUCAAGUUGCUCUUUGAUUUGACGGACUCAGAACGAAAUAUCGAUUCGUCAAAAGAAAAGGAGGAGCAGGAGAAUUGUCAACUGCAGCUGAGCUGCUGCAGCGGCGAGCGGCGACUUGAUUUCAUCUAUCAGCCGCGACGCAGCGCGUACCGCGUGCAGCCGCUGUAUCUGCUGUGCCGCUCCAGCAAGGAGGAGGAGGACGAGGAGGUGGAGGUGCAGACCAAGGAGCGCUGUGCACUUAUCGACUUAAAUCUGCGCCUGGUGCAGUGCAUCUAUGCACAUAAAUUGAACGCCGCCGGCUACACGAAUCGCACCUUCACCUUAAACGGCGCCUGUCGCGUUUUCCGAUCCCAGCUCAGCUGCACGGCGGCACGUGGCAGCAGCGAGGACGAACUCUGGCAGCAUUUUGCCAGCGAGAUCCUCGCCAGCGCCGAUUGGGGACAGCAGCUGCAUUUAAAGUUUGUGGCAUUUAUCGGUUGCACACGCUACGACGGCGUCACAGUUGUGGCAAGUGGCGAUUACUCCUACGCCAAUAUUCGACGGCAUCUGCACGGACACGCGGCAUUGGGAGGCGGAGGAUUGGCGUUGUUUGGCACCGGACACUUUUACGCCUGGCCGCGACACUUUACAGAGAUUGGCGAUUGCAUACGGAGCACAGAGCGUGUGGAUGUGGCACGUUUGCCGGACGAGAGCAACUAUCGCAGGACAUACGGCGGCGUCUAUGCCAGCACCUUGGGCGCCGUCUGUCACGAGUUGGGCCAUUGCUUUGACCUUGGCCACACACUAGAUGGUGUCAUGGGACAUGGCUUUGACUAUCUGAAUCGUGUGCUCACCGUUGAUCAGCCCACGGAGCAUUUGCCACAGCGCAUUGUAUCCCGUGUGACCGACAGAGACGCAACCAACUCAUCCAACGCAUCCUCGUCAUCUCUUGUGCGUCCCCGUUUGACACAGCUCAAGCUGAAGCAGUCGACGGGCAACAAAUUCCUGGAAAACUAUCACGCCCAACGGCGCAACGAUAGCUUCUAUUUUACCCGCAACUGUGCCGUCAUUCUUGCCCAGCAUCGCUGGCUGCGUCCCGAUCUCAAGGAACAGAUAGAACUGAACGCAGCUCAGAUUCGUCUGGUGCCCGCCAGCUCAGAGAUUGUGUCCAGCGUGCCAUUACGUCUCAUCGAGCUGCGCUGCAAUCUCAACAGCCUCGUCGCCCACUACGAAGAGUUCCAGGAGCAACCAGCAAUUUAUCGCUUUCAAUUGCCUGACUCCUUGUGGCAUCUACUGUCCACGCAACAGACCCAUUACGCCUUUGUUCUGACCAUUGACGGCGAUACCAAACGCUUGGCCUGUGAAGCAGCCAGCUCUUAA